UGGGAGGGUGGGGGGAGAGCUCCGACGGCAGAUGGCGGUUCCCCGGGAGCAACGGCGGCGGAGGCGGCGGCGGGAGUAGCGGCUCCGCUCAGCGAAACUGUCGGAGUAUGAAGGAGCACACCAAUGGUAAUCUGUCUAAACGGUCCUUAAAGGUAAACUUCAGACAACAGCUAAGAUUCCACCAGAACAAAUGGAAGCGACUGGCAGGAUCGCUGGCCUCCCAAAGGCGGUUUUACUACCAGCAGAAGCAGCGUCUGUGGCUACUAAUCAGGAAAAGACAGGUCAAGUUGCUGUUACGAAAGGCACUUCUGAAGCAGCAACAGAGACAAACUGCGAAAGAUGUUGAUGGAUUAAAAAAGGCAACUCGGGAAGAAAAAGUCUCCUUAACCUCCAUGAUAAACAAGGUGCCUGAGGAGAAAAAUCAUACAGUUUUACAAUUGGUACCUAACCAAGUUGGUGUGGGUAAAGGGAGCAAAAAUGAAGACUGGGGGAGUGACGGUGUAACUCCGGAUUCCAACAGUAAACCAGACGUUUAUUGUAAAGGCUCCUCAAGAAAGCCAAUUGACCUCCCUGCAAAGGGAACUCUUUACCCUCUUGAGGACGUUGGAUUUGAGGACAGUAUUGCAAAUCAGAAAUCAUCAAACCAUUAUAGAAAAGGGUGCUUUGAAAUCACUGAAAACAAAUUUGUCAUCCCUCAUUUGUUUCAUAAGACAAAGUAUCAAGCAAAAAGGCCCAGAAUCCGUCUGCUUUACGGUAAACCUUCACUGUUUCGCUUUUGCUGCAGGAUCUUCAACCAUCAAAACAGAAGGAAAAUCCGUACUGCCCUGAGCAAAGAGAAGCUAAAGCCAAUGGAAUCAUCAGAUAAUGUAUGUGGGAAUCAGAGUCAGGUCAACCACCGUUUGGAUAAAAUGGCAGCAUGCAGUGCUCCUUCACAGGCUUGUACCACCAAAGGCCGAGAGUUCUGGCAGAACUUGCAGGUUGAUUCAGAGCAGAAUGUCACUGCCUCAGAAAUCAUCGAAAGGGAUGUGAGUGCAUGCCCAGAGAGCCAAGCUGAAGGUGUUUCAAACAUAGCCUGUUGUGAGCAAAUGGAUUCUUCAGAGAUUCAUCUGGUAGCACCUUGUUGUAUUCCUUCCAGUGAGGGCUUCAUUGGGCACAAUAAUAACAGUAAUAAAACUGAUGAGAAAUGCAAAGCGAUGGGUUCGAAUCAGACCCCAGUUCGUGAUGGGGAGACGCAGGUCAUCAGCACUGUGACGGACUCAAGUUCAGUUGCUUGUGCGUACACCAAUGCUUCAGUCAACCAUUCGGGGCAGCCAGUAUAUUUGCAAAGCCAUGAGCCGGGUAUCAUGCCUCAACUGCAGCUGCUGGAUCAUCUUUACUAUAGAUCUCUGGAAGAGCGUGCGGGGCAUGCGGGUGCAAGGACUGAGCAGCCAGGUCGAAGUGUCGAAAAGGGAAAGGAGAAGGAAUCCCAGACCUGUCAUGUUUCUAGUGAACACGUAAUAUCCUGUAUUCAUGGUUUCCUAGAUGAAUUUUUAGGGAAGUAUGGAAGUUUCAUCCCUCUAAACGAGGGUGACAUUCUGAUGAAGUUAAAGCAGCUGUUUCAUCAGGAUUUCUCUGACAGGAAAUCCCUCAUCCGGACAGAGAUUCGGAAGUACCAGAAGAUGGGGACGUACAAGCUGGCAUCUAGCUUCCAGGUGGUUUACAACAAGCAUGUAUUGACGUUGGACGAUCUGGUCACACUUUAUGGAGAGAACUGGUUGAAUGAUCAGGUGAUCAAUAUGUAUGGAGAGCUGAUUGUGGAUGCAGUUCCUGAUAAGGUUCACUUUUUCAACAGCUUCUUUUACAAACAACUUCAAACUAAAGGUUACAACGCUGUGAAGAGAUGGACAAAAAAGGUGGAUUUAUUCAGUAAAGCAUUGUUACUCAUCCCUGUCCAUCUGGAAAUCCACUGGUCAUUACUGACAGUAGAUCUCCCGAAUCGGAAAAUCUGCCUGUAUGAUUCUCAAGGCAUCCACUUUAAUUCCUGCGUUCAGAAUAUCCUGCGCUAUUUAAAGACAGAAGCUGGUGAGAGGAAUUGUCCUGAGUUCCUGGAAGGAUGGAAGGCUUUUGCCACUAUGUGCAUUCCACAACAAAAAAAUGAUAGCGACUGUGGUGUGUUUGUGCUUCAGUACUGCAAGUGCCUGGCUCUGGGAAGACCCUUUCAGUUCUCACAGAAGGACAUGCCUGAAGUUAGGAAGCAGAUCUACAGAGAGUUGUGCCAGUGCCGGCUCUUGGAAUGAGCACCUGGAAGGACCACAGAAGGUGCUGAUCAGAAAUCCCCAUGGGACGUUGCAUUCCAGGAGAGCAAAGCAGCCGGUGUUGUGACCCGAGGUUGGCGAGUGGGAGCGAGGGACGUGAGGAGCAGUAAAGGAACAGUGACAACCUGUCCAGGUGCAUGCAUGGCCUUGGCACCUUCAGACUUAAUAAAAGCACAACUUUGAUGCUCGAUUGGGUGUUGUUGACAAAACGCAUGUAGCAGUAGACUAAACUUAGAAUCCCAAAUUCUCCUCAUACUUUAAGUGAAGUAAGUAGAAGACUUUACAUUAACGGGGAGUGGGGAACGCAGAAGGCCUAGAGUAGAAAUUGUUCCAGGUAUCAGUAAGUGAGAGAUCUCUCUCCAUCCACUGGUAAGAUCUUAAUUUCUUCUCCCAUAGACAUUUCAUUGUGUCUUUGUAUUGAGGGGAUCAUGCUUAAGAUUUACAAAUGGUUUUAUUCCAAACAGAACAGAGACUGUGACUUGGGGCGUGGAGAUUGAGGGGGUAUCAAUGCUGAGAAUAUAAAACGAAGCAGAAAAACUCCAGUAGUAUUUAAAUCUAUUGUUCCAAGUCUUAUUCAAGAAAUAAUGUAUCCAGCUGGGGAUGAAACUCUUGAGACAAGUAACUUAGGUCAAGAGUGUAAAUGUGAAAUUAAACCACUCAUUUAAUCAUGAAGUAUCUGUGGCGCAUUGAAUCAUGAAAUGAUAUUGUCUUAACUAUUGGAAAAUUGUAUGGUGAGAUUUUCUGAUGGGGAGACAUCAAAUUAUGGUAAAUAAUGUAUGUCUGAUGUUACAUGGGAGCUUAGUACUGCAAGAUCCUGGAUUCCAGGUGCUCUUUGAACUUUAAGCUGCAGACAGCUCUUUGAAGGCAAUUUGAAUGGCAACCAAGCUGUUCUGAAGCUAUGUUAGUGUUCAGUGACAUUUUGCUCUUAGUUGAAAUUCCAGGUAAUAUAAUAAUCCUAAUUUGAUAUUGCUCCUUUCAUGUCAGGAGGA